AUGCUUCCUGCGCUUGUUCACGAUUUGAAGAGGUUAUCUAAAGAAGAUUGCUGGCCAUUAUUUUCAAAGCAUGCAUUUGGAAAUAGAGACCCGAAUGAAGAUUCUACUCUGAAAGCAAUUGGUGGAAAAAUUGUGGAAAAAUGCAAAGGUUUGCCUUUGGCUAUUCAAACACUUGGGAGUCUGCUGCAUUCUCAAAUAGAAGCUGAGGAGUGGGACAAUGUACUGAAUAGUAGAAUAUGGGAUCUACCUGAUCACAAGAGUGACGUUCUACCUGCCUUAAGAUUGAGUUACCACUAUCUUCCUUCUCAACUAAAGCGCUGCUUUGCAUAUUGUUCCAUAUUUCCUAAGGGCCACAAAUUUGAGAAAAGGGAUUUGGUUCGAAUGUGGAUAGCUAAAAGCCUAUUGCAGCAGCCAAAAAGUAAAAGAAGAAAGAAGGAAGUAGGCGAGCAGUACUUUAAUGAACUGUUAUCAAGAUCACCAAAUGAUGGUAAGACUCAUUUCAAUUCUCAAGUCUUCAACAAAUUGUUUCCAGUGCCCAAUUGCUUGCGUGUGUUGUCAUUAUCAUCUUACAAUAUCAUUGAGUUCCUUGAUUCAGUUGCCAACUUAAAAAAACUACAUUAUUUGGACCUUUCUGGCGCUGAUAUUGGAUGUUUGCCUGAAAGAGUAGGCUAUUUGCAUAACUUGGAGACCUUGAAGUCGUCAGGUUGUCAUCGUCUCAAGUGCUUGCCAGCAGAACUGAGGAAUCUUACCAAAUUAGAGCAUCUUGACAUCAAGGGGACGCUUAUCAGGGAGUUGCUUGAUUCAAUUGGCAACUUAAAACAACUAGGCUACUUGGACCUUUCUGGCACUCAAUAA